AUGUAUAACGGACAAGCCAUCGCUUUUGGAAUCAAUAUCGUUAAAACAGCUAAGAAAGGUCAGGUCGAGCAACAGGAUGAUAGGCAGGCAGUUAGAUCGGAUGCUAGAACAGAAAGCACGUAUACCGGCGCCAUUAGAAAAUCUCUUUUACGUUUCCCAGAUACCAAUGCUUCUGUUAUUGGAACGCGGAGUGAAGAUAAAAAAAGUGAGUGCAGUGCAAGUAGUGCUGGUAGCAGGUCGUCAAAGGCUUCAACGCGUGAGAAGGCAAAGCGUGAGCUACAACGGUUGCAAGAAGAGAGCACGCAAAGGCGCCAAGAAGAAGAAAUUGAGCGAAAAUUAUUGGAGAUGGAGCUGAAAGGAAUCAGGCGUGAGAAGGAGCUCAUGGAACGCAGACAUGUUUUAGAAAGGCUUGCGGAAGAAGAAACUGAACCCGAAGGCGAUUCCAGCGAGGAUGAAGAGUAUAAUCUCCGGAAAAGAGUUGAAGAUUGGCAAAAGGAUUCCGAGGUGGAUCGAAGCGAAACGACGUACGAACAGCGAAAACAAUCGACACCUAAGGAAGAGGACCGUCAAGAAAAGGAAAUUUCUGGAUGUGAAAUAGCUUGUGGUGGAAUUGGUUUGCCAGAUAUAAGUAGCGUCGCAUCGAAGUCUUUUAAAGGUACGGCUUUAAGCACUACAAAACUCUCCGAUGGCGCAACUCAGCUGCAGAUAAUCGCGUCUAGGCAAGUUUACCCAAAGAGCUUGCCGAAAUUCUCAGGUCGACCCGAAGAAUGGCCAAUAUUCAUAAGCUCAUAUGAACAAUCGAAUACAGCCUGCGGAUUUAGUGAUUCAGAGAAUCUGGUUCGUCUACGCGAGGCUUUGACUGGAAAGGCAUUGGACGUGGUGCGGAAUCGUUUACUUCUUCCAGAAAACGUUCCUUUCAUAAUUGAAAAGUUACGCAGACGUUUUGGAAACCCCGAAGUUCUUUCAACGAUAUUGGCCGAUCGUAUACAGACCCUUCCGGGCCCCAACUCAGAAGAUCUGGAGUCUGUUAUUGAGUUUGGGAGUGCCGUUGAGGAGGUUACUCAGCACAUGAAAGCAGCGAAAUUGACAGAUCAUCUUCGAAAUCCUAUCUUGAUGCAGCGGUUGGUUCAGAAGCUACCCUCGGUCUACGCAAUGGAAUGGGUGGAGUUCAAGCGAAAACGGAUAGCGGUGGAUCUGGAGGUGUUCGGAGAAUUUAUGGAAGAGUUGGUGGACAAAGCGCUGGAGGUAACAUAUGCGCCGUGCAACAUUGAAGACCCGGUGAGAGGGAGACGGCGUGAAAAACCGGUGGUUAAAGGAUUUGUCAACAUUACGGAUACUGAUGGUCACAAGUGCUGUACAUGCAGUCAACAGGAGUUUGAAAAUGUUCCUCCGUCUAGAACAGCUGUCUCUUCCGAAAACUAUCACUCUAAGGGCUGCUCGAUUUGCGGGUUGGCAGGACAUUUUGGACGCAAUUGCAAUGAAUUCAGAGCAUCGAAUUUGCAGGAACGUUGGAACAUGGUACAGCGGUUAGAGUUGUGCCCAUUGUGCCUGUACAACCAUAACGGGAAACAUUGCAUGUCAAAACGCCGAUGUGGUACGAAUCGUUGUGAUCAGAGACAUCAUCCACUCUUACACUGGGAGUCAAAUUCAAACGCACCGCAUUUGAUUGCGAGCUGCAACAGUCAUCGACAGUCAGUCAUAUUUCGAAUGAUUCCUGUAGUGGUUUACAGCGACCUAAAAAAACUGAAGGCGUUAGCGCUGAUAGACGAAGGAUCAUCAGUGACACUGAUUGAGGACGAACUAGCUAAGGAGUUGGGAUCAAAAGGAAACAUAGAACCUCUGGAAAUGAGUUGGACCAACGGAAUGAGUACGGUGGAGAAUCGAUCAGCUAAAAUACACCUUCAAAUAUCGGCUGUAGAUGACAUGAACCGCUUCGAUCUGAUUGAUGCUAGAACCGUCCGUAAACUGGACUUACCCAUGCAAUGUUUGGACAGCGGUGAGCUGCGUGAGAAAUUCUUACACCUGCGGGACAUUGAAAUCCCAAGCUACGGGUCAACAAAGCCGAAGUUGUUGAUUGGAAUCAACAAUGCUCAUCUUAUCGCCCCGCUUCAAUCCCGAAUAGGAGAGUUAGGAGAACCCGUCGCUAUACAAUGUCGGCUAGGAUGGAGUUUGUACGGACCACGAACAGGUGUAGUAGCCAAUGUACAUUUCUUGGGACAUCACCGCUCCUGCGACGAGUGCGAUAGAAACGACCGAGAAAUGAAUGAGACCUUGAAAGAAUAUUUUAGCAUCGAAGCAGUUGGGAUAUCUCCAGUUCUGCUGGAAUCGAACGUAGACCGGCGAGCACGCGAAAUAUUGGAGCGAACGACAAGACGUACAGGAGAUCGUUUCGAAUCUGGGUUGCUGUGGAAAACAGACAACGUGAGGUUCCCGGAGAGUUAUCAAAUGGCUUUGAAACGAACAAAUAGCUUGGAUCGUAGAAUGGAUAAGCAGCCGGGCGUUCGUGAGGCCAUUUUAAAACAGUUGCACGAGUACAUCGAGAAGGGUUACGCUCAUUUGAUUACAGAGCUAGAAUUACAAAACACUCCGCCGGAGAGGACGUGGUACCUGCCCCUAAACUUUGUAAUUAAUCCGAAGAAGCAAGGAAAGAUGCGUCUAGUAUGGGACGCCGCUGCUAAGAACAAAGGAGUUUCGCUCAACGAUUUUCUUCUGAAAGGGCCGGAUAUGGUUUCGUGUUUAUCAACAGUUAUCAACGGUUUUCGGGAGAGACGGAUUGCUUUUGGAGCGGACAUUCGAGAAAUGUUCCACCAGAUACGUGUGAGAUCGGAGGACCGCCAGGCUCAACGCUUCUUGUUUCUUACAGAUGUCGAACGAGAGCCGCAGAUAUUUGUAAUGGACGUGGUGGUGUUCGGAGCUAGCUGUUCUCCUUGUACAUCGCAGUACGUCAAAAACUUAAAUGCUCGAGAGCAUGCAGUGCAGUACCCUGAGGCGGCAAAGGCUAUCAUCGAGAAGCAUUUCGUCGACGAUUAUUUUGAUAGUGUUGACACGGAAUGUGAAGCUGUUCAGAGGGCUAAGGAUGUGAAAGCGGUACAUGCAGCUGGCGGCUUUGAAUUGCGGAACUGGAUGAGUAAUUCUCCUGAAGUGCUCAAAGAACUUGGCUCUACUUCCACGGAAUCUUCUAGGUUUGUUGAAGUUAACAAAACUGAUAAUGUUGAACGUGUUCUGGGUAUCAGCUGGAAUGCCGUCGAGGAUAAAUUUGUUUUUUCGACAGACAUGCGCGCGGACCUGCACCCCUUUAUUAAGGAAGGUGCAUGGCCCACUAAACGAAUUGCGUUGAGGUGCAUCAUGAGCAUGUUUGACCCGAAACAAUUUUUGGCGCCAAUCCUGAUCCACGGACGGAUAAUUAUGCAGGAUGUAUGGCGAAGUGGAAUCGAAUGGGACGAUAAAUUGAGAGAGGAGCAGUAUCACCAAUGGUUACGUUGGACAAAUCUAUUUCCGUUGAUCGACACCGUUGAAAUUCCUCGUUGUUACCUUGGCAGAUUGGACUCAACAUCGUACGAGAGUGUACAGUUGCACGUUUUCUCCGAUGCCGGUGAAGACGCGUAUGGCACUGUGGCAUACUUCCGGUUUGUGACAGAUGAACUGAUUCAUUGUGCCUUUAUCGAAGCCAAAGCCAAAGUUGCUCCAUUACAGCACAUGUCGAUACCCAGGAAAGAAUUGCAAGCCGCGACAUUGGGGGCCCGCCUUGCAAAAGGCAUACGAGAGAGUCAUUCCUUUCCAAUUACCAAAACGGUUAUGUGGACAGAUUCGAAGGCGGUUUAUUCGUGGAUUAGAUCAGAACGGAAGAAAUUUAAAGAAUUCGUAGCUCAUCGUGUUGGUCAGAUCUUAAGCUUAACGAAUCCUGAAGACUGGCGAUGGGUACCAUCAAAAGAAAAUGCAGCAGAUGAUUUAACUAAAUGGGGGAAAGGAACGGAAAUCAAUUCAGAUAGUCGGUGGUUCAAGGGUCCUGAAUUUUUGCACCAGUCGGAAGAAAAUUGGCCAGAACAAAACCAGAAUAUUAUAGUCAUCGAGGAUGAAGUUCGAGCUCAUGUUCUGUUCAGCGCUACAACUUGUACGAAUGUUUUUGGAAGCCGGAUUGAGCAUAUAUCGAGGUGGACUAUUUUAGUGCGCAUGGUGGCAACAGUGUACCGUUACGUCGAAAAUUGCAAGCUUCGAGUGGCAAAUAAACCGAUAGACGCCCUUCCUACAAAUGCGGCCGGCAGAAAAUCGCAGAUUCCAGGAGUGGUUGUACCCCUUCGACAAGAAGAAUAUUUCAUGGCGGAAAAUUGUUUGUGGCGGCUAGCGCAGCAGGAGGAAUACGCGGAUGAAAUAGCUCUACUGUCACGAAACCGAAAAGUACCGAAGGAUCAGCAGAGACAACUGGAACGUUCUAGCAAUCUCACCCGAUAA